AUGCUCGUUUGCGCGGUGAUUGGGGAACCAAUUUCAACGUCAGCUUGGCUGUGUCCGUAUGAUCCAGCCGAUGCCCUUGCGCGAAUCCCCACGUCGUAUAAUUGCUCGUGGAUUAUACCACCGGCCGAGGAGACCCCCAGAGCGUUGUCGGUUCAUAUUUACCGCCCCAACACUCAGCGUUACGACACAGUGGCGCACCUGUGCAAGGUCGUAGUCCAGUCGGUCACCUACUCAGUUAAUUUCUUCGGGGCACGUUAUCAGAAUUCGUCUGAGACCCAUGCCGUCGUACCCCUCGAAUCCUGCAAAUUGAUGAUACAACAUCACAAGUGUGAGCAUGGUACUUUGAUUCAAUCUGAUGACUUUUGGGCAACUUCCAACCCUCUAGUCAUCCAAUGGCCUACUGCCCCUCUCGGUUGCUGUUCAGAACGCACCGUUACGGUUUCUAAUUGCUUCCUGGUUCGAACUGUUGUCCAUAUGCGCCACGGUGCCCCUUUUCCCGACUCUCCAGUCGGAAAUCUCGCGCAAUGCACUUACGAGUCCGGAAAUUGCGUUUUGCAGGAUGGGUCAGUGCUGGUUUGGACGCCCAGUAAGCAGGAAUCAUGUCGGUUUACGCCAAUUAUGAAGAUGAAGGGUCGGCAGCUCGGUGACAUCUGGAUUAGCGAUUCCAAGGAAUUCGCUCUUUCAUGGCGCGAAACCAGCGAUCGUGUAGUGGACUGCGGGGCUCGGCUUAUUCUCUCGGACCAGGGCUAUGCGGUCGCACCAGCAAUUCGUCGUCCCCGUUCCACGGACAUCGACGCCGGAAUAGUUACCUCCAAUCAACUGGCCGCGCAACUACUAGCGGUGGAAGGUUCAGUAGGAUCUGCAGUCUCCUCGCUUUUCCAUCACGCGUUGUCCGCUCUAUGCGACAGAACGAACCUUCUCGCCUUCGCUCUCCAUACGUCUUUAGCUGCUAAUCCAACCCUCACCCUUCGCAACCUUUUGGGUCGUAAUGAUAUAGCGGCUUCCUCGCUGGGUAGCAACUUGGUGCAAAUUCAUCGGUGCAUGGCCAUCCCCGCCAAUAACUUCAAGCUCAUACCCUUUAAUGGCACCUGUUUCUCUAAACCAAUGGUCAGGAUUGUUCCACCAUCAGCGAAUUGGUCCAAGAUCAUCAAUGGCAAGAAUUGUGGUCUGCUGUAUCAACAGAUCACCUUUCGCAUAUUCGUGUAG